AUGUCGGACGACACUGAGACUAAUGAUGUCCCUAAGGACGCGUCGCGCGACAUGCAGCAGCAGAGUCGCGCCCUAGAUUCCAUCACCGACCAUGUGGAGGAGCGACAACUAGAUUCGCGCCGAGUCCAAGAGGCCAUGGCGUCGAUUGCAGCGUCAUCUGCGGCGGACAGGGAGGCUCAACGCGCCAGGGAAAAGGAGCUGGCUGCAGUAAAGAUAGACUCAGCACACAUUGAUCUGAUUGCUUCAGAAAUGGAGGUUGACAAAAAGAUAGCAGAGAGAAGACUACGGGAACACCAAGGGGACCCUGUCGCUGCUCUUAGAUCUUUUCUGCACUGA